UCUCCCAGCGUCUUCCUUCCCCCAAAGCGGACUUGAACUUCAACCAAGAUUUGCACAGAGCGCAAAGAGAACCUUACACUCAGGCGGUCUCGUAUAGUCGAAGCAAGGAGAGGUUGACCAAGGAUGGCUACAGAUGGGAGUGACUAUGAACGGGCGCCAUCUCAAACCCUCCCCAGCUGGAAGUUCCAUGCCGUCGAAUACCCCGGAUAUGUGAAGAACUUUGACAACGUGCUCAAGACGCUCGGCGGGUCCGAAGCAAUAGAAAAGGCUUUCGCCAACGACCUUAACGUGGUGGAGCUUCGGUACCGGCCAGAAGAUCCAUUCUCACAUCCCAUAAACGGAGAAAUUAUUCAAACGUCAAAUAUCUUGCUGGGAGUCACAAUCCGACGGAAACGCAAAAGGACGGGAAGUGCUGCUGGAGCGCAGGAGCCGGUGGAUCCGUCCCAAAUUACGACGAGAUUUAUGGGGACUAUUACAAAGACGUGUCGCUUCCGAGCCAUCGCUGAUUAUCAAUGGACACCUGAUCCGCACGACCCGCUUGUCAAGCUGAGACGGGAUAUGCAAGUUCUGGACAUCGAGGGAAUCGAGAAAUUCGUCCCAGCGAGGGAUAGAGGGCCACAGGAAAACUUGAGGAAUAUGCCUCCGCCCGCGUUCUCACGGAUAGAAUGGCCGUUUGACUAUGGAUACCGACAGAACAUCGCGGUGGUGAAGGUUCUGGUUCGCAAGGAAGGCCAGUCCCCUCAAAUGAAACUCCUAAACCGUUACGAAAGCGUCAAAUUCACCGCUGUCUUCGCGGAUGCUAGCAAACGUAUAGUUCCCACCAAACCACCAAAAACCGCAUCGCUGGCUGGGAUCCCCGCCGAAGCGCUCACCCUCAUGCAGCAACUCUUCGAGCAGCGACCUUGCUGGACGCGGCUUGCUAUCACCAACAACCUCCCGGCUAGAUAUCGCCCUCUGAUCAAGAAACUCCUACCCCUUUAUGCUUACUCAUACAUGGCAGGGCCCUGGAGAGAUACGUGGCUGAGAUAUGGAUACGACCCGUGGAAUGAUAAAGAAGCGAGAUUCAGUCAAAUCAUUGACUUGCGGUUCAUGAAGCCGACAAAAGCUGCUUCGAGUUUGAGAGCCAAACGAUUGAUUGGUGUGAUGGAACCGAGCCAUUUAGUGGUGAAGCGUACGUUGGGGCCAACUGCCCAGGACCUGGCGGCCGAUCGGGCUGAGGACGAUCCUCCCGCACCCGAUACACAUAUCUUCGACGGCAUACGCACCCGUGACACGGGAACCUUCACCCUAAACGAUAUCACGGAUCCGGACAUCAUACCUCUCAUAAACACGACCCGACGCCUUCGAAGCAGAUGCCACGACCGCGACGGCUGGUUCCGCAAAGGCCACAUCGACCUAAUCCGCGACCUCAUGAAACGAAAGAUGAAAGUCGCACUCGGCAAGAUCCCGUCGUUCGAGUUCCAUUGGGACGAUAACGAAGGGGACAGCGAGCCUGAUAUCCCGUCCGACGACGAACGUACCACACCGAACGUGAUGGAAGUCGAGAUGAUGGCUGAUGCGGGUGCGGGGUUGAGUGAGGAGACGCAGGAUAAGGUUAAGAGCAAGGUGGGCGAGCUCAUGAAAUCGCUGCAAGCGGCACAGAUGGGCGAGAAUGCAGUGGAAGAGGAUCAGGAUGAAACUGACCAACAUGAAGAUGAUGCCGAUUUUGAUUACUAUGAUGCUUUUGGUGAUGAUGAUGAGGAUGAAGACAUAUAAUGAUUUGCCUUGGAAGGGCCGUUUCAUCCACCAUUCUUCACCUCGUCAGGUUUUCGGCGGAAUGAUGCCCUCGGCUGAUGUCCCUUUCCAGUGUCCAAAUAUAUAUAGUGUAGCACUUUCAUUGAGUAGAUUCCGUAGGAUAGCUCGGAUAUCAAAUGUCGCAUCUGCAUUUUGAUACCGCUUCGUGGAGAAAAGAUGCAACAUUGGAAGUGGGACCUUCCACUUCAGUUAGUGUUUCCGUUCAUGUCCUUCCUCGGAGACGGAUGUCUUCUAAGCUCUCACGCUUGAGCCUUCACACAAAGAACUUCAUUAUCCCUUCAUCUCAGCGACGAAGUAGACUUGGCUCUGCUUUCGUUUCAGCCUCCUGCUUCUUUGCCUUUGGGGUCCUGUUUUGGGGUUUGCCAGGAGGUCUGGUAUUGAC